UUCUCUUCCUCCUUCUCUCCCCUUCUUCUUCCCUCCUUCCUUUCUUUCUCAUUCCCUCCCUCCUUUUCUCUCUCCCUUCCUUUUCCUACUUUUCUCUCCUUCGUUCUCCCUCUCUUUCUCCCUCCUUCUUGUCCCCCCCUCCCAAACAUAUCCCUUCCUCUUCCUUCCUCUCCUUCCCUCCUCACCUGGCAGAUAGCUCAUUUUUAAACGGAAUUCAUUUUCGUUAUGAGCUCUGCAAACUUUAAACUGCUAUUUGAAAUGCCCUUUGCCCCUCACUGUUACACUAACUGAAGCUCGGGGCUGUGGAAAGGAUGCUGCUGGACUUGGAGGGCUCAGCAAUUGGCAGUUUCCCGCGGGACACGGGCUACGUGUCGGUGGGGAAGUCAUUGCCCGCCUGGAAAAGGAAGGCUUCGGACUGAGUGACCUCUGAGGUCCCUUUCAGAGCUAACUCAUCCUCGGGGGAGGGGAGCGAUGCAAAGGUCCCAGCUUGGGGCUUGGGGGCAAAGGGAUAGGAGCGGCCGGCGGGGGCCGGAGGUGAGCCUCCCAGGUGAUGACAGCUCCGGGUCCGCCCGGCCCAGCCCCUCCCCGCCCUGCCCUCUCGCAGCCCGCCCCGGGCCGCCGAGCCCUUUCCUCCCCGGCUGGCCGGCUCUGCGGGCGCAGCCAGCGGGCCCCUGCCGCGGGCCGAUCGCACACAGGCGGCUCUUUGUUUCCCCGGAGUCUUUCCCUGCAGGAUGUCCUUGGGGCUGCUCCACGAAUGGAGGUACUUCCGUAUCGUCGUCAUCCUGUUGGUGCUUUUGAUCCUUCUCUUGGGAAGCUUCCUCAACACCCAAGUCAGCUUGCUGGUCCCUCUCUUCAAUGGCCAGGAGUCCUUCCAUCCUGUGACCAACAUCAUGUUCCUCAAGACCCACAAGACGGCCAGCAGCACCGUCAUGAACAUCCUGUAUCGGUUCACGGAGAAGCGGAACCUCACGGUGGCUCUGCCUGCGGGGCAGCUUUUCCAUCUGGGCUACCCCUGGCUCUUCCUGACCAAGUAUGUGGAGGGAUUCAAAGACCUGAAUGGGACCUUCAACAUCAUGUGCAAUCACCUGCGCUUUAACCCCACAGAGGUACAAAAAGUCAUGCCCAAUAACACCUUCUACUUCUCCAUCCUGAGAAACCCCGUGGCCCAGCUGGAGUCGGCCUUCGUGUACUACAAGGGCUACGUGCCCGCCUUCCAGAAGACCAAGAGCCUGAACGAGUUCUUGGAGUCCCCGCUGAAGUACUACAACGAGACGUUGUCCAUCAAAAACAUCUACGCCAAAAACAACAUGUGGUUCGACUUCGGCUACGACAACAACAGGCGGGGCGAGGGCUACGUGCGCGACGCCAUCCGGGAGAUCCAGCGGCGCUUCCAGCUGAUCCUGAUCUCGGACUACUUCGACGAGUCCAUGGUGCUCCUGAGGAACACCCUGCGCUGGGAGCUGGACGACGUGGUCUACUUCAAGCUGAACUCGAGGAGUGAGAAGAGCAUCCAGAACCUGACCCGCGAGAACCGGGAGAGGGUCAAGGAGUGGUGCGCCCUGGACUGGGAGCUCUACCGGCACUUCAACCGCACCUUCUGGCAGAAGCUCCGGGCCGUCGUCGGGCUCAAGAGGCUGGCCAGGGAGGUGGCUCUGCUGAGGGAGAGGCAGCGGGAGCUCAUGGACGUCUGCAUCCAGGACGGGAGGCCCAAGAACAAGACCCAGAUCAAGGACGUGAACCUCAAGCCCUACCAGUCCGGGGAAGCCGACAUCCUGGGCUACAAUCUCAAGCAGCAUCUGGACAACGAGACCCUGGCCAGGUGUCAGAGGAUGGUCAUGCCGGAGAUCCAGUACAUGGCCCACCUGUACUCGCAGCAGUUCCCCACGAACCCCCCCAAGAAGAUCAGACUUCAGUGAUGGGCUUGGGGGGCCCAGCGCCCCGGAAGAGGGUCAUCCAGCUCUGGUCUGACUGGCAGGGAUAGGCUUCAAGAAAGUGGGGUACGAGGCCCUUGGUCUGGGAUCUCUGGGAGACCUGGACAGUUCUUAACUCAGGCUAGAGUUUUAUUUAAAAAAAAUGGAAUAUUGCCUUAAGAGAAGGGUUUUUUUCCUUUGAGGGUAUGGGGGGAGUGUGUGUGUGUGUGUGUGUGUGUGUGUGUGUGUGUGUCCCAGGGGAUCCCAGUCACUGACCUCACGGCCUUCUCCUCCCAGAAGAAUUUUGCAGGGGAGCGUUCAAGCCAAGAGUUCCAGGCGAUAUUUCCAGAAUGGUUACGGGGAGUGAAGGCACAAUAUUGGAUCCCAAAGAGACGCGCUCUGUAGCUAACAUGGAAAUAUCAGGCAGAUGGACCCAGUGAUGGGAAUUCAAGUCCUAUUGUUUUUCCCCCGCCCUUGAUUGAACUUGUGAACUUUAUUGGGGUAGCAGUGUCCCAGUAGGGAAAGUCCCUCUUACCAAAGCAGAUCUGCCAUUGUUCUGAAAUUCAGUCUCAGAGAGCUGCCUCGAGCAGUGAGGAGUUAGGUGACUGAUCCUAGGUCGCACAGCCAUGAUGUCUCCGAGACAGGAUUUGCACCCAAUUUUUUUCUGAACUUUAGGUCAACUUUCUAUGCACCCCAUCACACCGACUACUUAGAGGCUGGAAAAUACAGGUAGUAGCUAACUUUUACCAUGUAAAACACAUCCAGUUAAAAAGGAUUUUUAGCUCCAGGGAUUUUAGUCAGUCAUUCAGUCAAUAAGAAGUAUUUUUUUUUUGCCAAGAACCGUAGGGACAGAAAGAAACGCCAAAACAUGGCCUUGGGUCUCAAGGAACUCAUGUUCUAAUGGAUUUUAAUGUUAUGACAAGGAAUGUUUUAAUUUAAAGAAUAAAUGGUUAAAUCGUGGACAUACUUGAACCUUGGUCUUCAUUUUCCAAAUGCAGUUUAAAAUGAUCGCAAUAGACGGGACGUUCUUUGCUUUGGGUCAUUCCAAAGCACCAUUUCUAUGUUUUUAUGAUAAAAUAAAUACUCAUUACUCAGUU